CUAAGAAAUCCUGAGCACAUAACAGGGAGAUCCUCUUACUUGCCUAAAAUGACAACCACCAAUGGGACCAUAGAGAAUGGACAGUCUGACAAGAAGUCUCUUAUUCUGCCCCGGCCCCUCACCAACCUGGAGAUACAGCAUCGUCAGAUAUUCAUUAACAAUGACUGGCACAGCUCUGUGAGUGGCAGAACUUUACCUGUAUAUAAUCCAGCAACCGGCAAGAAACUCUGUGAGGUGGAGGAAGGUGACAAGGCAGACGUGGACAAGGCUGUGGACGCAGCAAAGGCAGCUUUUCAGAGAGGGUCUGCAUGGAAACGGCUGGAUGCUACAGGAAGAGGGAGACUGUUGCAUAAGCUAUGUGACCUAAUUGAGAGAGACCGACUGAUACUGGCUACUCUAGAAACAAUGGACACUGGGAAACCUUUCCUGCAUUCCUUCCUGAUAGACAUGGAGGGCUGUAUUAGGACACUGCGGUACUUUGCAGGAUGGGCUGAUAAAAUACAGGGCAAAACAGUCCCUGUGGAUGAAAGCUUUUUCUGCUACACAGUUCAUGAGCCCAUAGGAGUGUGUGGGGCAAUCACACCAUGGAACUUUCCUCUUCUGAUGCUGAUUUGGAAGAUGGGCCCAGCACUGUGCUGUGGGAACACAAUGGUUAUAAAACCAGCUGAACAGACACCCCUAACAUCUAUCUACAUGGGGUCUUUAAUCAAAGAGGCUGGAUUCCCUCCUGGGGUGGUGAAUAUAGUACCAGGAUACGGACCCACAGCAGGGGCUGCCAUCUCUUACCAUCCAGAUAUUGACAAGGUUGCAUUUACUGGCUCUACAGAGGUUGGGAAAUUAAUCAAGAAAGCAGCAUCUAAAAGCAAUUUAAAACGUGUCACUCUAGAGCUUGGAGGAAAAAAUCCAUGUAUUGUUUUUGCUGAUUCUGACUUGGAGCAGGCUGUGGAAUGUGCUCACCAAGGCAUCUUCUUUAACCAAGGCCAGUGCUGCACUGCAGCUUCACGAGUUUUUGUUGAGGAAUCAAUUUACCCUGAAUUUGUGAGACGCAGUGUGGAACAUGCCAAGAGGCGGCUGGUGGGAGACCCAAUGGAUCCGAAAACUGAACAGGGUCCUCAGAUUGAUCAGGAGCAAUAUAACAAAAUUCUGGAACUCAUACAAAGUGGAAAGGAAGAGGGAGCGAAACUGGAGUGUGGGGGGUCUGGCCUUGGGGACCGAGGCCUCUUCAUUAAACCCACUGUAUUUUCUGAGGUGAAAGAUGACAUGAGGAUAGCCAGGGAGGAGAUUUUUGGCCCUGUUCAAGCCAUCCUUAAAUUCAAAAGUAUAGAUGAAGUGAUUAGGAGAGCGAAUAGCACAGAGUACGGUCUCACAGCUGCAGUAUUCACAGGGAGUCUGGACAAAGCGCUGACCAUUGCUUCUGCACUUCAGUCUGGGACUGUGUGGAUUAACUGUUACAAUGCUCUACAUGCGCAAACACCUUUUGGAGGCUUCAAAAUGUCAGGAAAUGGCAGAGAACUAGGUGAAUAUGCUUUGGCAGAAUAUACAGAGGUUAAAACAGUCACCAUCAAACUGAGCCAGAAGAACCACUAUACAAAUACUGUAACAGACAACUGAGAAGGAGGAUCAGAAACUUCUCCUGGAUAGCACUUGCCAACCCCAAGGGAAUAUCCUGCAUACAUGUUUUUCAUCUUUGAGCAAUUCUGUGAUGCAACAGGACUUACCAUGUCUAUUUCCACUUCAGACUCUUGCAUUGAAAUCUGUCAAAACAUUACAGUAUUUUUUCCAAGCCAGGAAUUAAUUAUCGGUUUUCAAGUUUAAAUCACAGAACAGCACUUCAGUGCCACCUGCAGGCUGAAAAACGACAGCAGCACCAUGGAAAUCAAAGAUCAGAGACAACUGCAAGAUAAGAAUGUUAAAGGGACAUGAAACCCAAAAUUUUUCUUUCACGAUUCAGAUAGAGAAUACAAUUUUAAACAACAUUCCAAUUUACUUCUAUUAUCUAAUUUGCUUUAUUCUUUAGAUAUCAUUUGUUGAAGAAAUGGCAAUCACACGAGGCAUCUACAUGCAGCCACCAACUAGCAGCUACUGAGCCUAUCUAGAUAUGCUUUUCAACAAAUGAUAUCAAGAAAGCAAAUUAGAUAAUAGAAGCAAAUAAGAAAGUUGUAUACAAUUGUAUACUAUUUUUAAAUCAUGAAAGAAAAAAAUUGGGUUUCAUGUCCCUUUAAUAGCAGUAAUAAAUAUUUUCAAGCUGUUUAAUUAAAUGUACAAAUAAUACACAUGUUUACAUCAAUGUGCAACUCCUCUCAAAUUCUUUCCCAUCCCUUAUCUUGCUCUUUUCCUUAUUGGGCAAUCAGCUAAGUUAUUUGUUCUAUAAUUAUUAGUUUUUAGCUUGAUAUUAUAAGACAACUCCGCUCAGAAAACCAGAGUCUAGAAAAAGUUCUUCAAGUUUUAUUUUUUUAUUUUUUAUGAAAGACCGUUAUUAUUGUACUUGGUACUUAGUGAACUGCACUAGAACAUAUUUAGGGGAGGUUUUACAGUAUAUGUUUUGUUUCAGCAGCAAUGUUCUUACCCACAUUCUUAACCAGCCCCUAUAUGGGCUGCAGACUCUUUUAUAUGAUUUGGGUACACUGUAUUUCAUUUUUUUUCUAUGAAUAUAUAUAUAUAUAUAUAUAUAUAUAUAGUCCCCAGUGGAUUCCACACUCACUAUUACAAAACAGCAUCCAGGGUGCACUUUAAAUAUUAGCAAAGAUAAUC